CGCAAGGCGAUGGCCGACACCAAACCCCCAAACUUGUGGAAGAGCCUGUUCUCGUGGGCGCUCCCGGACUCGACCCCCAGCAGCAGAGAGCUUAAAUAUUAUAACAAGCUGACCUCAAAGUAUGGCCUGGUGUCGGGGGCGUGCCAAAGGCCCGAUGGACAAGUAGCCUGCGGCUGGGCCUCCCUGCGGGGCAAGCGUCCCAUGAACGAAGACACUGUGUAUUGUUCCUUCCAGCGCCACGACGAGACAGGAGAGGAUGUGGGCUGCUUCGGCGUGUUUGACGGGCACGGCGGCCCCAGCGCGGCGCGCUUUGUUCGGGACAACCUGUUCACCAACCUGCUCAACCACCAGAUGUUCAGCCGCAACCUGGCCAAGGCGGUGGCGGAUGCAUAUGCCGAGACAGAUGGGCAGUACAUCGACCUCGACGCGGAGCAGCAGCGGGACGACGGCUGUACCGCCGUCACCGCGGUGCUGGUGGGCAAGCGGCUGGUUGUAGCCCACGUUGGCGAUAGUAGAGCGGUGCUGUCGGUGGGCUCUGGCGCCGUGGCCCUGUCCCAGGACCACAAGCCCAACCGGGAGGACGAGCGGGGGCGGAUAGAGGACGCGGGCGGGCAGGUGGUGUGGGCGGGGACGUGGCGCGUCAGCGGCGUGCUGGCCGUCUCCCGCAGCUUUGGCAACCGCAUGAUGAAGCAGUACAUCAUCCCGCACCCUGAGAUCCGGGAGGACAUACUGAACCACAAGAACCAGUGCCUGGUGCUGGCCAGCGACGGGCUGUGGGAUGCGAUGGACAACCACGAGGCGACGCGGCUGGCGAUGCAGUACAGGGAGCAGGGGGCGGAGGCGGCGGCGAGGGCGCUUGUGGCCGAGGGCUACACGCGCGGCUCCCAGGACAACAUCUCCGCCCUGGUCGUCUUCUUCCACCUAGACGCCUCCACCACCUCCAAGACAUCCACCUCCACCAGCCAGCAGGCCGACUGAUGAUGCACCUGCGCUUGUUGCUGCCGCUGAGGCCUGCUCCUCUGGGCGCAGACGGCGCCGGCACGCGUGCUCGGCUCGGCGGGCACCGGUGGCGGGGAUCUGCACCGCCCCAUCAUUUUUCAGUGACGCCCGCUCCUAAGUCAGUGGGCCCCUGCCACUUGCUCAUCUCUGCCACUGCUUCGUCUGGCGCUUGCUUGUAUGUGUGUAUCGGUUGACAAUGCCACCGCCUGCCGCUGCCUGCACGUCUGUUGCUCCGUUUCACCGUGUUGCUGUAUUUGAUGCCUGCUGUCAGCACCAUCCCCUCGUUACGAGCAUCAUAUUCUGUCUGUGCCCAUGCACUGGUGCAAGCAAACAUGCAACAGGUCCUUGCAUC